CAAAAAAAAGGUGAUCUGCCACCGGUGUAUCCCAACGGCUGGUUUCCCAUUAUCGAGUCUCAAGAACUCAAGGUGAAACAAGUAAAGCGAGUCGAUGUGCUUGGAUUAGAGCUCAUCGCCUUGCGUACCGAGGACGGCGUGGCACAUGUGCUGGACGCCUACUGCCCUCACCUGGGAGCUCACCUUGGAGUGAUGGGCCGUGUAGUGGGAGAGUGCAUCGAGUGCCCAUUCCAUGGGUGGAGGUUCGAUGCAAAGGAUGGUGCUUGCACCCAUGUGCCUUACUCAGCAAAAGUGCCAGACUUCGUCAAAAUAAAAACGUGGACCACGGUCGAGCUUCUGGGCAACGUGUUUCUGUGGCACCAUGCCGACGGCGAGGAGCCCAGCUGGCAGGUAGAAGACGUUCCCGAGGUGACGAGCGGCCGCUGGAAAGCGUGGACGCGAUACGAGGAGACGCUCAGCUGCCACAUCCGGGACCUGGCCGAGAACGAGUCGGACGUGACGCACUUCGGCUACUUCCACGGGACCAACGUGCUCCUGUCGCCGGAGGAGUUUGCCAAAAACGCGGGCGACACCACCUGGGGCCGCUUCUUCACGCACCUGUGGACGGCCAAGUGGUACACAGACGAGCACCGCUGCUGCGUCGACAUCGCGGCCAAGAUCCGCGUGCUCGGUCGGUGCCCACGACUGUUCGACAACGUGACAUACUUGAGGCUACAGGGACCUGCACUGCUCGUGGUGCACGUUGAAAGCAGAUUUGGCGCCCAACUCACGGUGGUUGCUGUCACACCACUGGGUCCGUUCCGAAUCCGUGUCGUUCACACCAUUCACUACGCGCCAGGCACCAACUUGCUCUUUCGCUGGCUGGCCAGCAUCGUCUACACGAAAUCCUUUGAACGGGAUCUGCUCGUGUGGAAUCACAAGAAGAUGCUGCUGAAGCCACCUCUCCAGAAAGGAGACAAAACUAUUGCCGAUUUUCGAAAAUGGUACAAGCAAUUCUACAGUCAAAACAGCCCCACGUGGCAGGAUAUUAGGCUUCGCACGCUGGAAUGGUGA